UCUUCCUAUCGCAAUCCGCAUCGACUGUUUCCAGCUAAAUUUAUCGUCAAUAAUCUUUUCCUAGCAUGAGGACUUUGGAAGCCUGCCUAGACAUUAUAUGGAUUAUUAAGGUUGUAUUCGUAUAGAGCGGACUAAAUCAGAUCAGAAAAAUAUAAUGGAGGGUUUUUUUCAAAUUAUCAUGGACUUUCAUCGUGAAAGUGAAAUCCUUCAUCAUAAAUUCACCGGCAAGCAUCACCUAUAUAAUAUAUAAUUUUUUAUUUUGUUUGCAUAUGUUUAUCAUAAUUUGUAGCGCUAUUAAAUACUACUGUCAUGACUCACAAAUGCAGUUUGACCAUAUUUCACGCCCACGCUGACGAAGAUUGUUGAAUUAAUUAGAUAUGCCCGAACCCUGGACCUUGCAGGAAAUUGUACAGGAAAUGGCGGAAAUGCUUUUGGCGACUCAAUCAGCCGAUAUGUACUAUUCGGCCAAAGUGCUUACUGGGCUUGAUACCACAUGGCGGCGGGACUUCAUCCAGCGCUGGAUUUUGCAAUUAGUGAAUAAUUCAGACAACACCAGGACAGUCGACCCAAUUCGCGCUUUGGAAAGGUGUCGUAGGCUACCCAAGACGAUAGACGAAUUUGAGGAAAAGACGACCGCGGAAAACAGGCAGAAUUUCAGUCUGGGACAAGCGACCGCCCUCGGCGGACCCGACGUCGCGAUUGUUCUUGCCUUUUUCAUGGCAAGUCCAAAACCGCUGUCUCUAAACGAAUUGGAAACCCGGUUUUUGAAGUUGAGGGGUGCCACCCUACCGCUGUCGGCAGUUCACAUCUUACAUGAAAUGGGAGCCAUUCAAACCGUGCCUUUUGAAACGAGAAAUCGUGGCACAGAAAAUGCGUCCCCUAGAUUCGAUGUACAGGAGUUCUGCCGUAUUGUACGCGACUUGAUUCGACAGAUGAAUCAUGACCCUGAUGCUGUUUAUUAUUUAAUCCUUGCAACUGGCAAAAAUGCUUUACCUUGUCUACCGUACAGCUGCACGCGUAGACGCUCAAUCGCUUGCCUCUUGGAAAAGUAUGGGGUGAGCCAGUUUCCAGAUCUUGAUGCGGCCCACAUGCUCGAAGACUUCGCAGCCUUUUUUGAGAAGUUGCAGUUAGCUAGGGACGAUAAAGUGGCUUUGGCUGAUUGCUACAAUGGAUAUAGGCUUAGGGAAUAUGUUGUUUUUCCAAGACGAGUUCCCGAUAAGGAAAACAUAAACGGCACGAAGAGUUGUUCGGCCGAAGAGAACUGCAACCGAAAACAUAAACAUCUUUCUCAGACCGCGCUUCAAACCUCUGGAAAUUCGGAGCAGCAGCGCCCAACGACAGCUACCAAAGGACGACGGGCGUUACGGCUAGCCGCCAUUUUUCCGUAUUAAAUGAUGAAGCUCGACGUACAUAUGUAGAUACCGGAUUGCAAUGAAAAGCGCUGUGAUUUCUCUUGGUCAUUGUUUUCAUUUAUCCAAGAAAUGUUUGCUUUGAUAGACAGAAGUGACAAAAAACCAUGGCAUGAGUUUGUGCAAAAGAAAUACGAUUGAUGCCAUAGUGUUUCCGCACUGGAAAACACAUAGACUUUGAAAAAGACAAGUAAACCUUCAAUAUAUUUUGUUAGUUUUUUAGUAUCUAAACAUAACGAUUUAUGUGGUGCAUGGUACGAUCGUUUGUCCUUUAACACAAUACUCAGCUGAUAGUCGAAUGAAAGAAGGUUCCUGCUUUGCGCAUCAUUCUAGGUGUUGAACUUCAAUGGAACCAAUGUAAUCGACAUACUUAAUUUUCUACAACAAAGCUGUUUUCAGCAGAGCUACGGAGCUAGCUCAGCGGUGGUAGUAGAUCUCUUUUUGUUUUAUUUUUACUGCGUAUCUGUGACAUACGUUUGAAAAUGUAACAUUCAAGUGACUAAUUUGUAGUACUGCAAUUGGACCGCAUGACCUAAUUAUGUAACAUGUAUUAUUCACGUAUAAAGGGACACAAUACUUACCCUAGCUAACGACGAAUGUCUUUUACAGCGACAGGGAUAUAAACAAUUUGUCGUUCAUCAAAUAUCUGUGUUUUAUAACUGUCACAUUAUUUAAUACAUUCAGCAGUUUAGUAGAUUUCGUUCUUAAGGCUGAAUAUGCCAAAAACGUGAUAAAAAGACGUCUAUGUUUCUGGAAUUGUCUAUUCGCAGAACAUUCCACACCGUUACGCUGUUAUGCAUCAUAAAUAUGCCUUGUGACAUUUCCAAGACAAAUAGCCUGCUGUAGUUUUAGCUUUGCUGACAGGCUACACAGGGUUGUUCCUGCCAGGACCCAGAUAUUCUGAAAAAUGAUACUUUUUUGGAUGAUAUACAUAUUCUAGCUACUGAUUCUUUUGAUGU